AUGCACAGGGAAACAGUCUCGGGGAGGCAGUACCUGGAUCCCCUGGUGGUGCCUGGAUCCCCCGGUGGUGCCUGGGGCUGCUCCUUCUGUACAGCUUCUGCAGGAGAGUUUCAGACAGCUGCUCAUGUUUGGGGGAUAACCAAGCUGGAAGCCGAAAAAGUUCAAAGUACCUGGGUUUUUCAACAGCUUGGAGGAAGCAUGCAUUCGCUCACCAGCCCCACAACAAAAUGGAGCCCAAGCCAUCCUGGAGAGGAUGCAGUGGUAUCUUUUGCUGAUGGAGGAUGGGUAGCCAAAGAAGAAGGAGAGUGUUCAGCAAGACAAAGGACAGAGGUCAGAUCAAGGGAGUUUCUUCAGGAUGACCUUCAUUUCUUUGAGAAGCUGCCAAGCAGGCAGUGUUCCUUACCAAACCUGUCUCCAGAAGAGCUUCCACAGAAGACAGCACUAGCAAAUGAGGAGACAUUGCAGAAGAUCUGUGCCCUUGAAAAUGAACUUGCUGCUCUUAGAGCUCAGAUUGCCAAAACUGUGACCCAGCAAGAACAGCAACAUGUCAUUCCAGGUGACUUAGAUCCUACCACAUCUGUUACUACACCACCAUCCUCUGUCCCUCUCCCGCCCCCGCCCCCACCUCCCCCAACCCUCCCCAUCGGGGCUCCCGACCUGAUGAAAGAGCGAAGAGAGAAAAAAACCUGUGCUGGAAAGACCUUGGUUAAGAACAGUCCAAAGAAACCUGAUAUGACAAAUACGUUAGAGAUCCUUAAAGAUAUGAACAGUGUAAAAUGUCAGUCAGUGAAAAGUUCAGAACAGGAUAUAAAGCCCAAACCGGUGAAUGUUACGGACCCUGCUGCCCUCAUACCAGGGGAUCUGAAAAAGGCAUUUGCCUAUCGAUAUCGAAGCCAUAGUCAAGGUGAAAUCCAAAACCUGCAUCAGAGGCCACCUCAGAAGAGAGUGCUGUUGGGGCCACACAUGUCGAAGUCUACAGGAAAAAUGAAGGCUUUAAUUGAAAAUGUUUCAACUUCCUACUAG